AAAUUUCCCAACACUGCAACAGACAGCCACUGUUUGUCUGCGCGUUACGUAGACGCGUGAAAAAAACCUUGGCUAACUUUGUAAAUAUUCUACUGACGUUGAACAUCGAACUGCGUGAACGCUCCAAAAUAUGAUGGGAAAAUGCGAGAUUGUCAGUGUCCUGGCAUUGAGCUGUUUCAUUGCAGUACAUCAUGUGAUUGCAGACAUAAAUGCUACAGCCAUUACCAGUCCACCGCAAGAGCAAAUCUGCCCCCAGGGUGAAACUGGGCCACAAGGAUGGCCGGGAGAAGUGGGCUUACUCGGACGCAAGGGUGCGAAAGGUGAUCGAGGGGAGCCUGGAUUUUCAAACUUCAGGCCCCCUAUUGGUACACCUUGCAAUUGUCCUCCAGGUCGCAAAGGAGAAAAGGGUAUUGAAGGGGUUCCUGGUUUAAAAGGUAAAAUGGGUAUCGCAGGAUACUAUGGACCACCAGGAGAGAAAGGGGAUAAUGGGCCACAGGGUCUUCCAGGUCCACCAGGCGCACCAGCAUCGCGUGUAUCUAAACAGCCCCCAGAAACCCCAGAUACCAUGUAUGUUCCUAUCACCAUCACGGGAAAGAUGCCAAGAGUGAUAUGCCAUCAUUUGAGAAGACAUGCUUAUGUUCCAGUUGUUCCAAACAAGUUUGUGGGUUGGUAUGAACCAGGGAAAUCAGGUUACCUCACCUACAACAAGUGGUUGUAUUAUUCAUCGCGUUUUAUGUGUCCAUGCAGCGUUAAACUCCCUCCUGGCCCGACGCCAAGUCCCGAGGAAUUGUUGCGUGGCAUGGAAAAAUGAACGACUUUGCAUAGUAUAUUAUUCUUAAGACUGCAGCAGUUUAGAGUACGAAAUUUAUUUCUUAUCGAUAAAGAUGAAGAGGUAGUGACUUCAAAUAGAGCAAAAAUAGAAAAGGAUUUGAUAUUAAACUAUAAACUGUAA